CGGCUUGAUGAUCUUAUUUUGAAAAAUCAGUCCGGAAGUCUAGCCGUCGCGCUUCCGGGCAGAUCGACCGGCGGUGCGUUUGGUGCAUGGUUCGGUGCGGUUUGGAUGUUGUGUUGCCGUCAUGGCUGCGAACAGUAACGGUUUCAUCCGCGUGCGUUUGUUCUUCGACUACCCGCCGCCCGCUGCCUCUGACUGUCGCAUGUGCUGGCUGCUCGUGGACCUGAACGCGUGCCGCGUGGUGGCGGACCUGGAGAGCAUCAUCCGGGAGAAGUUCGACUUCAGCUCCAGGAGCAUCCUGAACCUCUUCGUAGACGACUGCUACCUGCCGCACACGGAGCGCAUCCUGGUGGUGCGGGACAACGACAGCGUCAGGGUGAAAGUGGACACUGCAGCCCGGGUGAACGGGCACAGCAGCUGUCCAGAUACAGCAAGUAGAAACUGCAGAAAGAGACAGAGACCCACAGAGGACGAUGGGCCAGUAGGAAAUGGAGUGAGCGAGGAAAGGAAGGAAAAAAAGAGGAAAAAAAAGAGCAAGGAGGGUCUAGAGGCGGUAGCCAAGCAGGCUUCUGGUGAUGAGAGUAAGAAGUCACAAGGAAAGCACAAAGAGAAGAAGAAGAAGAAGAAGGCGACAAAGGAAAAUAGCCCCGUUGCCACCCCAAAACCAGCUGCAUCUAUCAAAAAAAACUCAUCUAGUGUCGACCAGCCUGUUAAAAGCACCAAGAAGCCCCAAGCAGAACCAACCAAAACACAAAGCAAAAAGCCCACUGUCUCCUCUUCGGAUUCCAGUAGUAGCAGAAGUGAGGAAGAUGAAGCUCCCAAAAAGCCACUGGUCCCAAAACCAGCUCCCAAAGCACCGUUGUCCACCUCUGCUGCUUCCAAAGCACCUCCAGUCACCAAACCCCCCCAGAAGAAAGCACGCCCUUCCUCGUCAUCCUCUUCAGAUACAGACUCUUCCUCUGAUGAGGCCCCCAGCGUAAAAGUGCCACCAAAAUGCAACCCUUUAACCUCCACGUCUCCAAAAAGCCGAGUAAAGGACAACUUAAAAACUCAACAGGCUCCAUCCGUUCCGCAGUCCACAAACUGUGCACAGAAACAGGCUGCCAUCGUACCCCUGCCUCCUGGCGGCAAAGUCGCGAAGCCCUGCGACUCAGACAGUGAGGAAGAGAUCGAGCUGAUUAUCCGAAAACCGAUGCAGCAGCAGCGGGGGCGUGGUGUGGGUGCCCAGUCAUUCUGGAGAGGCUGCAGCCGGGGAAGACUUGAGCGUGGUGGUCGUGGAGAGAGGGGAAGGGGUGAAGGUGGAGGGGUCAUCAGAGGUCACACUGGCAGCUUGGAACUCAACUGUAAUGGAGCAAAAGAGCCGAGCUACCAGGCUGAUUCCCUGACCAACAAGUCAGUGGUCAUCCAGAAUAAAGAAGACCGUGCCCCCAAACAGGACUACAGCACUAUGCCCCUGCUCGCCGCCCCACCACAGGUGGGGCAGAAGAUUGCGUUCAAGCUGCUUGAGCUAGCUGAGAACUAUACACCAGAGGUAUCAGAAUACAAGGAGGGAAGGAUUGUGAGCUUUGACCCAACCACCAAACAGAUCGAGCUGGAACUACUUCAUGUCUCCCAAGCUUCUGUAGAGCCUGGGAAGUUCGACCUGGUCUAUCAGAACGCCGAUGGCUCGGAGAGUGUAGAGUACGCUGUGUCCAGAGGUGCUUGGGUGACUGAACGCUGGGACUCCCUGCUGGAACCAAGGCUGCUCAUUUAAAUUUGACAAAAGUGUAGAUUCACCUGGUGCAGCAAGAUGGAUUUUCCUUUUUUUUAAUUACUAUAUUUGAGGACCCCUCACCUUGUACUGCAGUGCCUAUAUAUAUCAAAUUGGGAGUCACUUCUUCACAGGCCAUAGGACAGAUAAAAGAUAUGAUCAUGGAAGGGAUUUGAAUAUGGUUUAUUAUAUUAUUUUCUCUGUGCUUUUAAAUCAGUUAUCCCUUUGCACCUAACUAUUGCAUAGCAAAGUACAGUGAUGAAAUGUGUUUUGCAUUUUUUGCUGCAUUUAUAUCUGGGUUAGAUUUGAAGUUCUGUUUUUUAUAUGUAGUUGGAAUGACUGGUUGUUUUUUAGAAAUGGGACAUAAUGGUUUUAUCUUUUGUACAGUGAUGUGACUGUAGAUAUUAAUCUCAUAAUAAACUGUUUUCCCAUUAAACUGA